AUGUCUCGGUGGAAGAUUUUUUCAAGUAGUUUACUAUUAAUUUUGUGGGGUUGCAUAAAUAAUGUUGGCACCUAUCCGAGUGGUGCACCUAUAUCCACUUGCGAAGACAUGGUGCCUCGACAUUUGAAUUUUGUACCACAAACAAGUUCGUCGCCAUAUUUCCUUCAACCGGCUACUCUGUCUGUCAAAGCCGGUGAUAAGUUAAAGAUAAUGUUAUCAUCUCAAGAAGAUGCCGAAUUUAUUGGAUUCAUGAUGCAAGCGAGAUCACCGAAAAUGCCCGGUGAACCUCUCGGAGGUUUUUUAAAUUUACCAGAAACAACAAAAGCCAUAACUUGCGGUCCGAGUCCCACAGCCACGCAUAAAGAUCGAAACAAACUUAAAAAUUUAGAGCUUGAAUGGGAGGCGCCAUCUUUUUACGAAGGUCCCGUCGUUUUUAAUGCGACCUUUGUGCAAAAUGGUGCCACUUUUUGGGUAGGAGUCGAAUCUCAACCAGUAACAGUCGUCAAAAGAUCACUUCCGGUAAAUAAUAAUGAUUUUCAAGGUGGAAUUUCAACGACUAAAACUCCCGUAAGAUUAACAACGAUUCCAAAUUACACUCUCAAACCGGAAACAAAGAAUGGAGAAAAAUCAGAACCGAUUUACGAUGGUUGCGGAAGCAUAAAAAGUUGUUUUGGUAUUCCUGAUGGUUGCGUCGAUAGUAAAUCGUGCACGGUUUUGGCAACAACCUUUGUGAAAGGUGAUAAUUUUGAAUUUGAAUUGAUGGCGAAAAACAGUUCGAAAGGUUCACCUAAAUAUGUUGCUUUAGGUUUAUCAGAUGAUCAAAAAAUGGGUGGUGACAGCGUUAUGGAAUGCGUUGUGGAUAAUCCUAGUAAAGUUAAUGUUUACAUGUCGAGCAACAUUGAGGGAAAAAAAGGCAAUGAAAGAUUAAAUAAUUUAAGCGACAAAGUUUCUUUAAGACAUUCUAAAUACUCAGAUGGAUCCAUUUAUUGUAAAUUUACCAGAGACCCGGUGACGACGGUCAAAGGAAAAGAAUACGAUCUGGUACAGGAAAAAUAUUACCUUCUUUUGGCAUCGGGAACUUCAUUAAAAGAUAAUGGGCAAAGAGUCGGAUGGCAUGACAUCGGGUAUCAAUCAUCGGAUAGUUUAAGGUACUUAUCGGAAGUAGGCUCACUUUCCGGUAGUUCCGAUCUUCUUUAUCGUCUUCACGGAGCAUUCAUGGUUGCUUCUUGGAUCGGUUUUACCAGUGCUGGAAUUCUUUUGGCACGAUACUUUAAAAUGACAUGGGUCGGAAAAAGAUUUUGCGGAAAAGAUCAAUGGUUUAUCUGGCAUAGAGCAUUUAUGGUAUCGACGUGGUCACUUACAAUUGCUGCUUUUGUAAUGAUUUUCGUAGAAAUUCAAGGUUGGUACAGCGAAACAAGUAAUCCGCAUGCCAUAUUAGGAUGCAUCACGACCGGCCUUGCAUUCAUUCAACCUUUUGGAGCGGCUUUGAGGCCUAGCCCAGACUCUCCCAAAAGACCAAUUUUCAAUUGGUUACAUUGGCUCGUUGGAAAUUGCGCUCACAUUUUAGCAAUCGUAACGAUAUUUUUUGCCGUAAAAUUAAACAAAGCCAGAUUGCCAGAAUGGAUGGAUUGGAUUCUUGUGGCAUACUUAUUCUUUGACGAGUUUAAAUUUUAUUUCGUUAAUCGACAGAUGAUCGGAUGCUUUAGCGAUGGACAAAUGGAAAAAAGAGUUAAUGAUUUUCCAAUGAAAGAUAUGGCAUCUGCAAGAACUCCAUUACACAUGUUGGACAGAAAACGUGACGCACCACAUUCUUAUCUACGUAGAUUUUUAUUAGCCAUUUAUUUAACGGUUAUAUUAAUAUUAACGGCCGUUUUAAUCGUCAUCAUCGUAAUGGCACCCAUCGAAGAACAUUGGGUUUAUAAAGAAGCUAAAAAAUUACUCGUAGACGAUCACUGA